AUGACCGCGGAUCUACGACGCUCUGAGGCCCCUGCUUACCAACCCGGACAGAAGGUAUGGUUAUCCACCAGAGAUAUCCGCAUGCGUCUACCCUGCCGUAAGCUGAGUCCCAGAUUCAUUGGCCCAUUCACCAUCUUGGAGCAGUUCAACCCAGUCACCUACAAGCUACAAUUACCUCCUGAGUAUCGUAUUCACCCAACCUUCCAUGUAUCACUUCUGAAACCUCACCACCCUUCUGUUCCUCUUCCUACAGAACCUGCCGUGACCGAAGCCGAACCCCCCCUUCCUCUCAUCCUGGAGGACGGAGCAGCAUACGAGGUGCGAGACAUCUUGGACUCCCGGCGUCAUGGCGGACAACUUGAGUACCUUGUGGACUGGGAAGGCUAUGGUCCUGAGGAACGUUCCUGGGUACCACGCAAAGACAUCUUAGAUCCCAACCUGCUGGACACCUUCCACUCGACACAUCCCAACAGACCUGCACCUUGUGGAAGAGUUCAUCAGAGGAGAUCAGAACCAGAGCCCAGCUGUGUGUCUAUGAAGAGUGACAUGUCUAUGGAUAAGCCAGUACAUUUAAAGGGUGGAGAUACACGGACUGGCUUCAGCUCAGUUCAUAAGAGGAGAUCAGAACCAGAGUCCAGCUAUGUGUCUAUGAAGAGUGACAUGUCUAUGGAUAAGCCAGUACAUUUAAAGGGUGGAGAUACACGGACUGGCCUCAGCUCAGUUCAUCAGAGAAGAUCAGAACCAGAGUCAAGCUGUGUGUCUAUGAAGAGUGACAUGUCUAUAGGUCAGUCAAUAUAUUUAAAGAGUGGAGAUACACAGCCUGGUCUCAGUCAUAAAGCCGACAGCCUCAACACAUUUAGAUCAAACCUGAGGAAGAAGUUUCAGUGUCUGUGUGAAGGAACUGCAAAGCAAGGAAACCCAACACUCCUGAAUGAGAUCUACACAGAGCUCUACAUCACAGAGAGUGAAAGUGGAGAGAUCAAUAAUGAGCAUGAGGUGAGACAGAUUGAGAUACAAUCCAGGAGAGCAGAAACAGAGGACACACCAAUCAAAUGUUGUGACAUCUUUAGACCUUUACCUGGACAAGACAAACCCAUCACAGCUGUGCUGACAAAGGGAGUCGCUGGCAUCGGAAAAACAGUCUCUGUGCAGAAGUUCAUCCUGGACUGGGCUGAAGGGAACAAGAAUCAGGAUGUCCAGCUCAUAUUUCCACUUCCUUUCAGAGAGCUCAACUUGAUGAAGGACAAAACACUCAGUCUUUCAAAUCUUCUUCAUGUCUUUUUCCCUGAAACAAAACACAUGGAAAUAUCCAGUGAUGAAUAUAAAGUGUUGUUCAUCUUUGAUGGUCUGGAUGAGUGCCGUCUGUCUCUGAACUUUAAGAGCAAAGUGAAACUGUGUAAUAUAUCUGAAUCAGCCUCAGUGGACGAGCUGCUGAUGAACCUCAUUGUGGGGAAUCUGCUUCCCUCUGCUCUCAUCUGGAUCACCUCCAGACCAGCAGCAGCUGAUCUCGUCCCGUCUGAGUGUGUCCAUCGAGUGACAGAGGUACGAGGCUUCAAUGAGCCACAGAAGGAGGAAUACUUCAGGAAGAGAAUCGGUGAUCAGAGUCUGGCCGACAGGAUCAUCUCACACCUGAAGUCAUCAAGGAGCCUCCACAUCAUGUGCCACAUCCCAGUGUUCUGCUGGAUCUCAGCCACUGUUCUAGAGAAGAUGUUGAGUGAAGCAGAGAGUGGAGAGAUUCCCAGGACGCUCACUCAAAUGUACACACACUUCUUGAUCAUUCAGACCAACAUCAAACAUGAGAAGGACUAUCAGAGGAAAGCGAAAGAUGAAGACUUGAUUCUCAGACUGGGGAAACUGGCUUUCCAGCAGCUUGUGAAAGGCAACCUGAUCUUCUAUAAGAAAGAUCUGAGAGAGUGUGGCAUUGAUGUGACAGAAGCAUCAGUGUACUCAGGAUUGUGCACUCAGAUCUUCAGAGAGGAGUUUGGCUUGUAUCAGGGGAAAGUCUUCAGCUUUGUUCAUCUGAGCAUCCAGGAACAUCUAGCAGCUCUAUAUGCACACAUUUACUUUACAAACAAGAAAAGAAAUGUGUUUGAGAAAGCCAAACGAUGUCUGUUUUCUAAAAUUAUAAAUCGGAAUAAAUAUUAUUCAUUAUCUGAGCUGCAUCAGAGAGCUGUGGAUGAGACUUUACAGCAUAAGAAUGGACAUCUGGACCUUUUCCUGCGUUUCUUUCUGGGUCUCUCAUUGGAGUUCAAUCAGACUCUCUUACAAAAACUACUGAGACAGACAGGAAGCUGCUCCUACAACAAAGAGGAAACAGUUCAGUACAUCAAACAGAUGAUUAUGGAGAAUCACUCUCCAGAGAGAUCCAUUAAUCUGUUCCACUGUCUGAAUGAACUGGGUGAUGAUUCACUGAUGCUGGAGAUCCAACGCUAUCUGAAAUCUGGAAAAAUAGGAGAAACCAAACUCUCCUCUUCACAGUGGUCAGCUCUGGUUUAUGUGUUGCUGACAUCAGAGCAGAUGAUGGAUGUUUUUCAUCUAAAACAGUUUAUUGGAGAACAAAAUACAGCAGAUGAAGUUCUUCAGAAGCUGCUGCCUGUGGUUAAAGAAUCCAGAUCUGCUCAGCUACAGUCCUGUAAUCUCACCGCUCACUCCUGUAAGAGUUUGUCCUCAGCUCUAAAAUCCUCAAACAUGUUCCUGGGAGAGCUGGACCUGAGUAACAAUGACCUGCAGGAUUCAGGAGUGAAGCUUCUUUCUGAUGGACUGAAGAGUCCAAACUGCCAACUGCAGAUACUGAGGCUCUCUGGCUGUAUGGUGACAGAGGAAGGCUGUGGUUAUGUGUCUUCAGCUCUGAGUUCAAACCCCUCACACCUGAGGGAGCUGGAUCUGAGCUACAAUCACCCAGGAGAUUCAGGUGUCAAGCUGCUCUCCGAUAAACUCAACCAUCCAAACUACAGAUUGGACAAACUAAAUGUGGAUCAUGGAGGAGAGAUCAGGAUUAGAGCAGGAAUACACAAAUAUUCCCAUCAGCUCACUCUGGAUCUGAACACAGUGAAUGAACGCCUCCGUCUGUCAGAGAGGAACAGAGUGAUUACUAACACUUACCCAGAGCAUCAGCGGUAUCCUGAUCAUCCAGACAGAUUUGAUUGGCCUCAGGUGUUGUGUAGAGAGAGAGUGUGUGGACGCUGUUACUGGGAGAUUAAGUGGAAUGGAGAAUAUGUGCGUAUAUCAGUGGCAUAUAAGAGCAUCCGCAGGAAGGGAGAUGGUAAUGAGUGUUGGUUUGGAUAUAAUGAUCAGUCCUGGAGUUUGAUCUGCUCUCCUGACAGAUACUCAUUCAGACACAAUAACAUACAGACUCGUCUUCCUGUAAAGCCCAUCCACAGUAGAACAGGAGUUUAUGAGGAUGAUGAUGAGGAUGAUGAUGAGGAUAAUGAUGAUGAUGAUUCCAUCAGCAGAAAAGGAGUGUAUGAGGAUGAGGAUGAUGAUGAGGAUAAUGAUGAUGAGAAUGAUGAUGAGGAUGAUGAUGAGGAUGAUUUAGGGACUGAUCUCCCUGUAGAGCCCAUCAGCAGUAAAGGAGUAGUCCAUCAGCAGAAGAACAGGAGUGAUGAUGAUGAGGAUGAGGAUGAUGAUGAUGAGGAUGAGGAUGAUGAGGAUGAUGAGGAUGAUGAUGAUUUAGAGACUGAUCUCCCUGUAGAGUCCAUCAGCAGGAGAACAGGAGUGAAUAAGAAGAAUCACUAUAGAGUAGGAGUGUUUGUGGAUCACAGUGCAGGAACUCUGUCCUUCUACAGCGUCUCUGGAGACACAAUGAGCCUCAUCCACACAGUCCAGACCACAUUCACUCAACCGCUCUAUCCUGGGUUUAAUGUUGGU